AUGCAAUGCAGAAGUUUGCGGCUCACAACAUGCCCGCUGCAGUUGGAGUGCCUGCAUCAUGGAGUGGAAUUCCCACCGUACGACGCGAAAGGGUGGAAGGAAGGCAACCUCCAGACUGGCGAAGAUGCAGCUCCGGUGAAUAGCAUCGUCAGCGCUGACUUGGCAGUCUUGGCCCCCUUCGUUGAGGCAUUCGUCGACAAGCUGGACUUGCCCAUUGCGGAAAUGAACAAGAUGCUGCUUGACCAGAAGAACACUGGAGACACAUGGCGGAAUGUGACUUGCAGGUGGGUCACAGCAAAUCGAGCCAUCUGGCAGAAGUGGAUCCCAGAUGAGAGUGAAUGUUUUCCUGGCUUCGGACUCUAUGACCAUGUGCUGCAGGGCUUCACUGACUCGCGAGUGAACGCAACCAACAAAGUUGUGUGCCAGGCUUGUCCACCAGGCAUGUUCUCGCAAAAGUUGGAAGACAACAAAGGAGUGACCUAUGUCUGUGUGGCUUGUGGCAAGGGAACAAGCCAAAGCUCUGGUGCUUCACUGGCCUGCGCGCCAUGCAAAACAGGUGAAUAUCAGGACGAGCUUCAAAGCACGGAAUGCAAGCGCUGCGACUUUGGCACUUAUCAGGAUCAGACUGGACAGGAAGCAUGCAAGGCUUGCCCUGCAUCCACGCGCACCCUCGGCUUCGGUUCAGUGGCAGAAGCCGAUUGCGGCUGCCCCGAAAAAUACAUUGACAUUGACCGGUCAGGAGCCUUCGAGUGCGUCAAGUGCAGUGAAGGAAUGAAAUGCCCAGCUCUAUCUCAGUUGGAUGAUUUGGAGAAUGGAAACAGCACCAAUGGGGAGCAGUUCACUCCAAAGAUCAUGCAGGGAUACUACUCCACAAUCACCUCGCCCACUGAGGUGUUCCUUUGCACCAGCGCCACAAAUUGUCCUGGCGGUCCUCCUGGUACAUGUGCUGGUGGCCUUGUCGAUAUUCCUUGUUCGCAGUGCGCUGAAGGUAUGACAUGGACGGGAAGUUUGUGCGAAGAUUGUGCGGGAUGGCGGCAAGCUCUAUGGGCCUUGGCAGUUCUUGGCAUCUUUGCUUUCUUGGUUAUGGCUUACUAUCUCACUACCUCUAAGGUCACUGCGAAAGCCACUGUGCUGUUUGCGACGACUGCUUCCUUCGCCAUGCUGGUGAUGGCCAUGCAAAACUUGGGUCUCAUUGGCAUGAUGACCGUUGAAUGGCCAAUAAGCCUUCAGGGACUUUUCAGCAUUUGCCAAUUCUUAUUGCUCGACAUUGAUUCGUAUGGUUUCUCAUGCAUUGCAGGCCAGUCAGAACCAGUCCGCUACCUGCUGAGCGCAUUGAUCUUCCCACUUGGCGUGGCCUGGAUGGCGCUUUGCUAUGCUCUCUCGAAACUCUUCCCAAAGAAGCAUCAUUGGGAAGGGCCUAAAGUUUGCAGCACAAUGGGAGCAUUCCUGCAAUUAGGCUUUAGCACCAUGAGCGCCACAGCUUUGGCCCCAAUGAUGUGCUACAGACAUCCAAACGGCCUCAGAAGUAUCCUCAAGUAUCCGGGUGUCAUUUGUGGCUCUGCCGAACAUGAUGCUAUGCUGGCCAUUGCGUGGGUUUUGCUCCUCGUCUUUGUCUUCGGCUUCGUGGCGCUGUGUAUCACUGCGGUCUUGAUGGUCCCCAGAUGGAGUGCAACGCGGCAGGACCAUCUUGUUGCAGCUGUGCGCUUCUUGGUCUUCCGGUUCCGGCUUGAUUCAUGGUGGUUUGGAGUGCCGCUGCUCGUUCGAGGGCCAUUGAUCAAUUUGCCGGUUGUCUUGGCCACUGACUUCCCGCCAAUUCAGAUUGUUUGCAUUGCGAUGAUUCUGACGACGAUGAUGGUGAUGCAGAUGUUGGCCUGGCCAUGGAAGGUGCCGCUGCUGAAUGCGACCGACUGCAUCAUCUCCUUUUGCGUCGUCUUGCUGGUGACCACCUCAACUUUAUACCUCAACGAGAUUGAUGAGACUAUGUAUGGCUUUGCCAGUGCAGUCUCGACUGUGAUGCUCAGCAGCAUCGGCGGAGCCAUUGGCAUCAUGUUCCUUAUGACUGGGAGCGCGCUCUUCUAUCGCAGUGCAAUGGGUGGCAAGAAGGAGCUGAAGUUCUUCAAUUUGGGCAGCGUCCCGCAGUCCGAUGACCUGGCAGAAAAAGUGAAGGAGAUGGUGGGGGAAUUGGAGGCCAUGGAGCUGGCAGAGCUGUCCAAAAAGCUGAAUGCCUUGGCAGUUUUCGACAUCAGCAAACUCACUACCUGCAUCACAUUAUUGGCGACUGAGGUAGCACCUCCUGCUCAAGAUGCUUACAGCUUCAAGUUCAACAAGCGAAUUGCUUCUUCCUCCUUCGACCCAGCGCUGAAAAGGAAACAGCAAACGCUGAGACAAAGCCACAGCAAGGAAGAAACCAAAGUGGGGGAGGCUGACAAUGCAUUGGUGGAGCUGCUCGGGCUCACAAUUCAGCGGAACUCAGAUUGGACGGUGUUUUUUGGUACAAGAUUGUGCAAACAUUCUCAGAUAAUUACGCAAUAUCAACAUCGGUACUGUAACUGCAAUGCUGUUUUGUGGUGA